AUGAGGGUAGAUCAGGGCAGCAGCUGCAGGCACAUCCUCAAGGGCAUCGCAGGGAGUGUGGACCCUGGUGAGAUCCUAGCGCUGAUGGGCCCAUCUGGCAGCGGCAAGACCACCUUGCUCAAGAUCCUGGGAGGCAGGCUCGAUGGCGGAAUCAAGGGCCAGAUAACCUACAACGACACUCCCUACAGCCCCUGCCUCAAAAGGAGGAUUGGAUUUGUGACUCAGGACGACGUCCUCUUCCCACAGCUGACGGUGGAGGAGACCCUGGUGUUCGCCGCCUUCUUGAGGCUCCCUGCUUGCAUGUCCAAGCAGCAGAAGCGCGACAGGGUCGACGCCAUCAUCACCGAGCUGAAUCUAGAGAGGUGCCGGCACACCAAGAUCGGCGGAGCGUUCGUGAGGCGGGUGUCAGGAGGCGAGAGGAAGAGGACCAGCAUCGGGAACGAGAUCCUCGUCGACCCGUCGCUGCUCCUCCUCGACGAGCCCACCUCCGGCCUCGACUCCACGUCGGCGAGCAAGCUCAUCCUCGUCCUCCAGCGCCUCGCCAAGACGCGCAGGACGAUCAUCACGACGAUCCACCAGCCGUCGAGCCGGAUGUUCUACAUGUUCGACAAGCUGCUGCUCAUCUCCGACGGGCACGCCAUCUACCACGGCAAGGCCCGGGACUGCAUGCACCACUUCUCCUCGCUGGGCUUCGUUCCGGAGAUCCCCAUGAACCCGGCCGAGUUCCUGCUGGACCUCGCCACCGGCAACCUCGACGACAUCAGCGUCCCCGAGGCGCUGCGCGGCUCGCCGGACCCGCAGGAGUUUAGGUCCCAGGUCAUCAGGCACCUGCAGCUCAAGCACCGGGCGGGGCGCGGCGCCGGCGCUGGUGGGAGAAGCAGGGCGCUGCCCACGGAGCAGCUGCGGCUGGCGGUUGGGGCGCGUAAGGACCGCCGCCGCAGCAUCGGCUGGUUCCAGCAGUUCGCCGUGCUGUCCCGGCGCACGUUCCGAGAGCGCGCCUCCGACUACCAGGACAAGAUGCGGCUCGCCCAGGCCGUCGGCGUGGCGCUCCUGCUGGGCCUCCUCUGGUGGAAGUCCCAGACCGGGACCGAGGCCCAGCUGCGAGACCAGGUCGGGCCAUGGUUCCCAUCCUCCCGCCCCAUUGUCGAUGCCUGGGAGCUACCGCCACCGCCAGCCACGCUUCAAGGAGACGAUGACUCUUCGUCAGAUGAUAAUGUUUUGGGCUCGAAGCUUGAUGCCAGGGAACUGCCCCCACCGCCACCCACUCUUCCGGGCGAGAACAACUCUACACCAGAUGAUUACAAGGGAUCCUUGUGA